CCGCUGCGCCGAGCCCGCGCGCGCGACCACCCGCCCGCGUGCCCUGCACCGUCGCCCGCCAUGGCCGCACGGCCACGAGCCGAGCCGACGUGUGCCUCUCCGCCCCGCUCGCCGCCUCGCAUCGCCACCGGCCCGCUUCCACCUCACCGACGCACGCAUGAGGUGCGCCUCGCGCCCCUGGACCUCCCCACACUGGCCUCGUCGCCGACCGGCCUCGCCGCCGGCGAGAACGCUGCCGCUACCGCCGUCGACCGAGCUCGUCCCGCCCUCCACCAACCCCUAAAUCCGCUUGCUCUCGUCCCAACGAAGCCCCCGGGCCCGGCCAUCACCUCCAUGCCUCGCCGGAACGUCGCCGGAGCGGCACAGCACCGCCGCCGCCCGCCACCCGCCGUGGAGCCGCCGCCACAGACCGUCUCCUCGCGCUCCAUGGCUACCUACAGAUACGAUAGAUGAACCAUAUGAAGGACGUGCUACUGGAGCCGAACCCAAAGACGAUGUUGGUGGACAUAUCCCGAAGACGGAUGGAUGGAACCCAAUGUGCAUGGCCAAAGGAAGAUGCUCGCCAAGCGAGUAUCAUCUAACUAACACUGACUUAGUGUUAAUCCCAGACAAGCCCCGGUGCACAUCCUAUUAUUUGAAAUUAUGACACCUAUAUAUGUAUUUAUUAU